AAUUCAAACUUUGUUGUACCGGACCGCACUCGCACUCGCACUCGACACUCCCGCCUUUGGCGUACUCUUACUCGCCGUCGGUCUUAAAACACUGGCACCCGGCGCGCUUUUAAUGUCGGAACCUGUUUUUUAGCACGACUUGCGACAUCGCUCAAGACUUAAGUGAUCACUUUUCGCGUCGGCUAUUCCUAGGUAUAGAAUUCAUAAAGCAUCAGCGCUAAGUCUAACACAGAAUUAGUUUCGACUUGUAAUCAUAAUUGCGAAGAUUUUUCACGGAGUCGACGACCUGUCAUUGUUAACCCAACACUUGCUGCAUUUUUCAGAAUGGCAGCCGCUCAGGCUGGCGGCGCUAUGGCCGAUUACCUCAAGAUAGAGAAAAUCGGAGAAGGUACAUAUGGUGUCGUAUACAAAGGCCGCAACAAGGUAACAGGACAAAUUGUCGCAAUGAAAAAGAUUCGUCUCGAAAGUGAAGAUGAAGGUAUUCCAUCCACCGCCAUCAGAGAAAUUUCUCUACUCAAAGAACUUCAACAUCCUAACAUUGUCAGACUUCUUCAACAUGUUAUGGAAGAACCUCGCCUCUACCUUAUAUUUGAAUUUCUUUCAAUGGACUUGAAAAAGCACAUGGACCAAUUGAAGGCUGGAGAAUGUUUGCCUCCAGAAACUGUUCGGUCUUAUUUGUAUCAGAUCACCCAGGCCAUUCUUUUCUGCCACAAACGCCGAGUCUUCCAUCGAGACUUGAAGCCUCAAAACCUUCUCAUCGCUGAUAAAGGAAUCAUCAAGGUUGCUGAUUUUGGCUUAGGGCGUGCUUUUGGAAUUCCUGUCAGAGUUUACACCCAUGAGGUUGUUACUUUGUGGUACCGAGCUCCUGAAAUUCUGCUUGGAUCUACUCGUUAUUCAUGCCCAAUUGAUGUUUGGUCAAUUGGUUGCAUUUUUGCUGAGAUGGCCUCAAAGCGGCCUCUGUUUCAGGGUGAUUCUGAAAUUGAUCAAUUAUUCAGGAUAUUCAGGGUUCUUACCACACCCAACGAAUCCAACUGGCCUGGUGUGACAAGCCUGCGAGAAUACAAAGCCACCUUCCCAAGUUGGUCCACCAACAACCUUGCAUCACAUGCCAAGAACAUAAAUGAGCAGGGAAUGGAUCUUCUGCAGCAAAUGUUGAUCUACAACCCUGAGAAGAGAAUUAGUGCCAGAAAUGUCCUUAAGCAUCCAUUUUUUGAUACUUUGGAUAAAUCAAGCCUCCCUGCUGAUGACAGCUAAAUAAAUGUGCUCAGCAAAAUUUCUUCCUUCUUUCCCUAACUAAUAAUCUCAUGUUUUGUCCCCGGAUACUUAUCUUACUUUCAGUCUCUGUUAUGUUUAAUUCUAUUAUUUAUUGGGAUAUUUAUUUGCACAUGUCAAGUUCAGUGCACUAAGAAGUUAAGAUUGGUAUUCAUUCACAUUUGUUUCACAUGUCUGUGUACUUCUCCUUGCCCCUCAAAAUAAAUCAUCUAAAAUUAUCUGAGGUACAGUCUCAGAUUUAUGAAAAACUGCAUCUCUAGUCACCACCAUCCUUCUUCUUGAAAUAAUUACUGUAUUUGCUUACAAUGUUGCAAACAAGAAUUUGUAGAAAUCAUUGGUUAGCCUAAAAGUGAGACAAUGUGGUUGAGUUUUAAUAUUUUCCUCUUGUGUGUGUGCACUGAACCUCAAGGAGUAUGGUUUUCUCUAAGUUUUAUUAGCACUUCAUCUUAUUCGAUAUCAAUUUUUAAAAAAGUUUCUGGUUGACAGAAAUUUAAGUGAAUGAGGAUUGAGCUUUUAUGGUAUGACCAUUCAUAUUCAAGUGCAGUCUGUUGAAGCUAUUGUACAUAGUUAUGGGCUGUAACAUGCUAUAAUUGUAAGGUGUUCUCUCUUCCUAUCUUUCCUGUCAUGUACCCAUUUUAUGCUUCAGAGGAUUCAUUUUGUGGUUGUAUUGUUUUUUUAUUAAAAACUGAUGUGGACCUUUGUA